UUAUACAUAGACACAUCGCAGCAUUCGUGACGUAUAGAGUUGGUUAGUCUAUCCAGAAAAUCCGUUUUAUCGUGAUCAUCAUGAGUGACGACGUGACAACCGGCGUUGAAAAACUCAAUGUUAAAACCGAAAAGGCUAAAAUGAAGGGUAAAGAGAAGAAGCCAGCACCUGAGAAGAGUUCAGUCACCGAGUUGAAGCCAUGGCCUGCAUAUAUUCAGGAACGUUUGGACCUGUGGGAUAAACUGAAAGCUGACUAUGACGCAGAAGUGGCUGGAAAAGUCUCCACCGAGAUUACGGUUACCCUUCCCGAUGGAAAGAACAUUCCAGCGCAGUCCUGGCGUUCUACCCCCUACGACAUUGCCAGAGGUAUCAGUCAGGGUCUAGCAGACAAUACGGUCAUUGCGAAAGUCAACAACGUCCUGUGGGACUUGGACAGACCACUGGAGUCUGAUUGCAAGCUGGAGCUGAUAAAAUUCGAUAAUCCAGAGGGCCAACAGGUAUUCUGGCACUCAUCCGCUCACAUUCUUGGUGAAGCCAUGGAACGAGUCUACGGAGGCUGCCUCUGUUAUGGUCCCCCAAUCGAGAAUGGCUUCUACUACGACAUGUUCCUGGGAGAGAAGGGAAUCUCCAACACAGAUUUCCCUUACCUUGAGUCUCUCUAUAAGAGCAUCGUGAAAGAUAAACAACCAUUCGAGCGUUUGGAGAUGAAAAAAGAGGAUCUCUUGGAGAUGUUCAAGUACAAUGAGUUCAAGGUGAGAAUUCUCAACGAGAAAGUCACUACACCGACGACCACUGUCUACAGGUGUGGCCCUCUGAUCGAUCUCUGUCGAGGUCCUCAUAUACGAAAUACUGGUAAAGUUAAGGCCAUAAAAAUAACCAAGAACUCGUCGACUUAUUGGGAGGGAAAUGCCAACGCUGAGAGCCUGCAACGUAUCUAUGGAAUUAGUUUUCCGGAUAGUAAGCAGUUGAAGGAGUGGGAGAAGUUCCAGGAAGAGGCUGCCAAGAGAGACCAUCGAAAGAUAGGGCGGGAGCAGGAGCUGUUUUUCUUCCACGAGCUCUCGCCAGGCUCCUGCUUUUUUCAACCACGUGGAGCUCAUAUUUAUAAUACCCUUGUAGAGAUGAUGCGUGCUGAGUACAAGAAGAGGGGUUUCCAGGAGAUCAUCACUCCGAAUAUGUACAAUGUCAAAUUGUGGCAGACCUCCGGACAUUGGCAGCAUUAUGCUGAUAAUAUGUUCUCAUUUGACAUUGAGAAGGAGACGUUUGCACUCAAACCGAUGAACUGCCCUGGUCACUGCAUGGUCUUCGACGUUCGAAAUAGGUCCUGGAGGGAGUUGCCUCUGCGAAUGGCUGACUUUGGUGUUCUCCACCGUAAUGAACUGUCUGGUGCCCUCACUGGUCUCACCAGAGUCCGUAGAUUUCAGCAAGAUGAUGCUCACAUCUUCUGCAGCCAUGAGCAAAUCAAGGAGGAGAUACUGGGAGCUUUGGACUUUUUGAAACACAUUUACACUGUUUUUGGUUUCACUUUUAAGCUUUGCUUGGCAACGAGGCCUGAGAAGUACCUCGGGGAGCUCGAGGUAUGGAAUGAUGCAGAGAAGGCACUUUCUGAGAGUUUGGAUACCUUUGGCGAGGCCUGGUUUCUCAAUCCUGGUGAUGGAGCUUUUUAUGGACCCAAGAUUGACAUCACAAUUAUGGAUGCACUGAAGAGGCCACAUCAGUGCGCUACUAUUCAGUUGGAUUUCCAAUUGCCUAUUAGGUUCAAUCUUUCUUACGUGAAUGAGCAUGGAGAAAAGACAAGACCUGUCAUUAUUCACAGAGCCAUUCUCGGUUCUGUUGAAAGAAUGAUUGCUAUUCUUACAGAGUCUUAUGCAGGGAAGUGGCCAUUCUGGCUAUCUCCUAGACAAGUUAUGGUUAUUCCAGUGGGGCCUCCGCUGGAUGAUUAUGCCUUCCAGGUGAAGGAGAAGCUCUGGAAUGCUGGAUUCAUGGCUGAAGUUGACAUUGACGAUGGUGAUACCAUGAAUAAAAAAAUCAGAAAUGCUCAACUGGCGCAGUUCAACUUCAUUCUGGUUGUCGGAGAGAAGGAAAAAGCCGCUGGAACCGUGAACGUCAGAACGAGGGAUAACGUUGUUCAUGGGGAAAUUCAGACCGACGAGCUCAUCAGAAAAUUCCAGAAGUUCAAGGAAACUAAAGAUCCCAUGUGUGAGGAAAAAUUCCAAUAGAUUCUCCUCAAAUACAGCAGAUCAAAUUAACACAUCGUUUUUCACAAUGUCUUAGCUAUAAAUGACAGCAAAGGGGACGCGUAAUUUAUUUAUGCACGAGAAUAGUCACGUGCUUUUCAGCAUUUAAUAUAUCUCUGCAUAUAUUUCAUAUAUAUAAAACUUUCAGUGAAUAUUCUUCGGUUGUACCGUAAUAUUUGAAUAAAGAUAAUA